UUCAUGAUGCUUCGUCAGGCCUGCGAUUAGAGGAAAAGCUGCCACAAGGUACAUAGUAGCCACCACAUAUCCUUUUGCACCUCUCAGCGUCAUUUUAUAGAUAUAUAGAGAUGAAUGUGGGAGAGGAGCUUGAAAAAGAGAGAAAAAUCAAAUGGCAGACACAGGCAAAGGAAGCUCUGUCGCUGGCUGCAACGAUCGUUGUGGCUGCCCUGCUCCGGAUCCUGGUGGCAAUUCCUGCAGGUGCAGGAUGAGAGAAGCAUCUGGUAGGGAUCAAGCGCACAUGUUGUGCCCGUGUGGGGAGCACUGCGGCUGCAACCCCUGCAUCUGCGCCAAGACUCAGUCCCAAACCUCCACCAAGGUUUACACCUGUGGUGAGGGCUGCACCUGCGCCACUUAGACAUCCCUAACUAUGUCUAUACCAUGCUUGUGUGAUAGGUCCUAGCUAGUCAAUCUGAAAUAAAACUGUUUAUUAAGUCCACUACAACAAUAUAUAUAUAUAUAUUUAUCGUAUGCUCUGUUCUUGUCUUAUACCACACCAAGAAUCUGAAUAUCCUUUCUUACAACUUUUGAGGGUCUAGGACUAAUACAAUCUACUUAUACUAGGACAAACCAUAUUGGCCUUUCAGAUUAACUAGCUAGCUUGUGUUACUUAUAGACUGGUAGAGGUUCUUAAUUACUAGUCGGUAAAGGUCUGAGACUUUCUUGAUGAAUUGGCCUUUCUUAUAGACAGACCUGAUUUUGGAUGCUGGAAGAGUAGCAGAGUCAAUAAGCUUGAAGAUGCUUUAUUUUAAAGCCUGUAAUUUCUGAAGUCUGUAAAAACUCAAAGUUUCUUACUUGUGAAACAUAAAGCGCACGGCUAUUUUGUAUUAUAUUGAAAGUUAUUGAUGCCAGGACAGUUCACUUGUGAUUGCUACUUCUCCAAUCUCCAGUUGCUAAUGGAUUUAUUGAAACUUGAUGCUCACCCAUUGCCUGUGAUUUCCAUGAAAACUAUAGUCCUGGAUAUGUACGUAGAAGCUCCAAUAUAACAAAGGAUGAGCAUCAAUCAAAUGUCUGAUUCAUAUUACUCAGAGACACACAUAAGCAGUAGAUGUAGAAACAAAGGACUCAGAAGCUGAGGACAUAUUGUCAGAUAAAACGACUCUAUGCAGGAGGUUCUUUUCUGUUCCAAGGUGAAUCUUUGUAC